AUGGAUCCAUCAGGGAAGUACGACUGGCGGCACACAGAGCAACUUUCCAUCCUCAAGGCAAACUACCUUAGCACAAGGCUGCGAACUGCCAUUGCUACUUUGGCGAAAACCCAUUGCGACGAUCAUGACGCGCCUGAUGUGUCCGACUUCAUUGAAACAGAACUUGAAAUGAAUUUGCUGCAUUUUGGGUGGGCGGCGCUCAUGGGUUUCAAUGUGUGCCAGCCGGCAUUUCUGCAGGACCUGUUAGUCUCCUUCUGGCCACCCAACCGGCCAGCAUCUGAAAAAUAUAUGGCCAUCAAUCGCGCAAUAGCCAACUUGUAUGUGGAUUUUGAUCCCCUCAUCGACAAGCCCCUUGUCGAUGAGGUAGACCGAGCUGGGACCUACCAUUGGUGGACUGGAGAGGGCUCGGCACCCACUCGCACCGCCAUUGACAUAUAUUUCCAGGAAUGGGUGACAGAUUACAUCGAUGCUGGGCACUACCCCCCCACAGGUUUCGUUUCCGACCCCACCGACCUCCCCAUGCUGCAGCAUCUGGCGCUUCCUUUGGAGGCGCUGUGUCUGCGUUUGCUGGCUCAGGCAACCAGCAGUGGCCAACGCAUUGCCACCCGCCCUCCGGUCCUUCCAGAGGCUAGUCGCACAGCAGCUCCCCCAAUUGGACCUCAUGAUGCUUUGUCCGAGGGCGCCGUCGCUCUCGUACAAAGUCGAAGAACCUCCUGUACUUGUACCCACACCUGCGGCCGGUCAGAUCCCCUCCCUCCUCUUCACGCGUCCACCCCAAUGCUCCCUGCCGGCGACAUUCAGGAGCUGCUGACAGAGGCAGAAGAACUCUCUAGCUCCACCUCCGCCGCCAUUGCGAGGCAGGCUGACACCCUCAGCUUCCUUUCCUGGCAACACGCAGCAUGGACAGCACUUCGUAACCAGUAUCAGGCAUCAGGGGGGACAAUUGUUGACCCAGAAGUCAGCCAGCACCCCUUCUCUCCUCCGGCCAAUCAGCACCUCGAUCCUUCCCCUUCUCCACCACCUCGUGCCCCUCCUGGCCUCAUUCGCAGAUCACCCAGUCUCGAAUUCAUUGAAUCAAGUGGCAGCAACAGAGGUGGCACUGGAACCCGUGUUAGCGCCGGUCGGGCCACCGAGGAAAGCCCUAGCUCAAGCCCUGCUAAGUUCCCUCCUCGGUCCGGGUCCAAAUCACCCUCAGUUGUCGAAUUUGUCAAUGCUGGUGCCAAUAACUCCAACGCAAGUGAGUUCAUGGACAAUGUCACCAGAGUUCUCUCACCCCCGGAUUCCUCCUCUGACUCACAGGACGACGAGGAAGACUCGGAGUCGGAAGACGACGACCUGCUGGUCGAUAGCACCUUCCAGGCUGGCAAAUUUGAGGUGGAGUUUAGGUAUGUGUCAUCACCACUGCUGCUGCUGAAGCUCCCCCUGAUGGCACUACCUCCCAGCACUGCGCAUGGAUGUCGCUGCCAUUUGCAGGCUUUUUGA